ACAGUUCGAUUCAUUCGGAAUUUGAUUGCUCCAGACUUCCGUUCGACUACUGAUGCCUUUCUGUCAACCACAUGUAUUUAUUUUCAGACAGAAAUGGCGGAGAUCGAAGGCGCACAGGUUGUAAAAGCGAAGAAGCGUGAAGCGGGAGGGGCCCGAAGAGUGGCCAACCAAAUCCCAGAGAAAAUAUUGAAUGACCCACAGCUGCAGGAAGCCAUCCGUGCUCUGCCUCAGAAUUACAACUUUGAGAUCCAUAAGACAGUGUGGCGAGUGAGGCAGGCCAAGGCAAAGAGAGUGGCGUUACAGUUGCCAGAGGGUCUACAGAUGUUUGCCUGUGUAAUUGCUGACAUCAUUGAAAGGUUCACAGAUGCAGACACUGUGGUCAUGGGGGAUGUGACGUAUGGAGCCUGCUGUGUGGAUGACUUCACUGCUCGUGCCCUGGGCGCCGACUUCAUGGUGCACUAUGGCCACAGCUGUCUGAUCCCUAUUGACUCUACGGCAGGUAUAAAGAUGCUGUAUGUGUUUGUGGAUAUCCAGUUGGAUACAGCUCACUUCCUGGACACGGUGCGGUACAACUUCACCCCUGGACAGUCCCUGGCACUUGUCAGCACCAUUCAGUUUGUGGCAGCAUUGCAGUCUGCCAGUACUGCCCUGAAGCAGACGUAUGACGUGCUGAUGCCUCAGUGUCGCCCCCUGUCUCCUGGAGAGAUACUGGGGUGCACCUCACCUCGCCUCGAAAGGCCCGUCGAUGCCCUCAUUUACCUGGGAGAUGGGAGGUUUCACCUGGAAUCCAUAAUGAUUGCCAAUCCAGACAUACCUGCCUACAGGUAUGACCCCUACAGUAAAGUCUUCUCACGAGAGUACUAUGAUCACAAAGCCAUGCGGGAGGCCCGACAGAAGUCCAUCGAGCGAGCUCGUUCAGGCCAGCGAUGGGGCCUCAUUCUGGGCACACUCGGCCGGCAGGGCAGCCCCAAAGUCUUGGAGGUGAGGGGCCAGUGGCUGUAAAGGUGCUUCUACCUGUCCUUAUGUAGACAAAGUAUGUUUGGCUUUGUCAUUUGAAAGCUGUUCCUCUUUCUUGGUAGGUGGGUACAGAUUGCGUGUCCACGCCUCUCCAUAGAUUGGGGCCUGGCCUUCUCUAAGCCCCUGCUCUCUCCUUAUGAGGCUGCAGUGGCACUCAGGCAGGUUGAGUGGCAGGAAGUGUAUCCAAUGGAUUACUAUGGCAAUCAGAGCUUGGGACCUUGGACUGUCAAUCACCGUGAUAACCAACCAUGCCGCACUGCCAAAAGACAAACCAAGAAGUGUGCGCCAGGCAAUGCUGCAGCUGUCAAUCCGAGCAUUCCCUGUGGCUGUCAGGCAGAAUAACCACAACACUUCCAUAUUCCACUGUGUCACUGACCCACAUAAGGAAAUACAUGUACGCACAUCACACACAAACCAGCUGCAAAUCAUGCACAAUGAGGAUAUUCACACUAAACCUGAUGGAACCACUUUAUUCAAAUGCUUCACAGUCACUUUGGCUACAGUUCAUGUGGCCAUGCUAUUUAGGAACGGUGAUUUUAAACCUACCACUGGACCCGACUUAACACCAGAAUCUUAAACGAUAUCAAUGUAUAUAUGUACAUUUCUGUAAACAUUUGUAAUUAAAGAGCUGAACUGGAAAAGAAUGAAAAAA